UCGGUGUACUGUACUGUACUGAACGGUGCAGUCCUGCAGACAGAAGCUGGACAUGGGUGAGUCGUUUCUGAGGGCCAUGGUUUCAAAGAGUUUGAGAAAUAAUUUACGGACUUAAAUGACGCUCUCAAAGCCCGUCAGGACAUUUCUCCCGCAGACUCACUUUACCUGCAAAAGUUCUUCUUUCACCGACUGGUGCUGUUUAUUUUAAAAAGCUAGCAGGCUAAUGUUAGCGACCGCAGCCAGGCCCAGCAGAGAGUCUCACCUCAGAGUUUGGCAACACUGGCUUCAACAGCAAAUAAGACAAAUGUAAUUGCUAACACUUCACUCUUUGCUCUUUAUAUUUCCAACAACAGAAGUUAAAUAUUUAAUCAUUUCCGCUGUGAUUUUGACUGUUUAUGCAGCACAGGGGAACCUAGCGUAGCCUUUGAACGUUAGCUAACUACAUUAAAGCUAGCUAACUACAUUAAGAAUCAUGACUUCCAGGAGAACGGGCUAUGCAGGCAGCAUGGACUCCUCUCCAUCAAAUAGCGGUGGCAGUUCAGUCCACAGUGGAAAUCGUAAACAGAGUAUAAUAAACAUCCCCGACAGGGCUGGGGUCGAGCCCUGUUAUGAUCGGAAAGCAGACAAGUCUGGAUACGGAGCCUUGCAGGGCAGCAUGACUGUAACAUCCCUGAAAUCACGGCUCGCCCCGACUAUUCAAACAGCCAUGUCCGCGGCUGUGGACACUCUGUUGGGAGAAGUGGUGCUUGUGCUGAAUGAGACUCAGCAAGAGCUGCUGCACAAGGAACAAGAGAAUGAAAGACUCAAGGUGCGUCUUGAGGUGUCAGAGAGGGAGUUAAAGACUCUGCAGGAGUGUCUGUGUAGCGCCCAGAAGCUCAUAGACCAGCUCCAGAUCUCAUACACAGGCACUCAGAACAUCAGUCAGUCAGUUUUUGCUCCAUCGCUGUCUUCCAUGGCUUCAAUGACCUCAGGCUUGGACAGAGACCACCAGAACUCCAGGAAUGUGAAUGGAGCCGGGGUCGACUUGGGUCUUGGUGGAUCUGUGGAUGAAUCACUUCAUGGGUUUGAACCAAGAGAUGACUACAAAAUGUGCCAGCUUUCAAUACAACCGGAUGGCUCUGUGACUAACCACAGUCUGGACUUUGCAUCCAACACAUCUCACAUGUGCUCAGAUUCCAGCAGACAAGAUGAGAGGCAGUCUCAGGGUCCAGGUGGAACACCGAGGUUUGAGAUCAAAGAGGAGCAGGGACCUUCUUCAGGCUCUGCUCAGUCCAACAGGAAGGAUUCUGGCUUACGCAGUGACAACAGAGUUGGUGAUGAGGACAGAUCGUCCCAUGGCAUGGGUGACCUUGGUUACGUUCAAGUUGGAGAGGAGGGAGGUUCCCAGCGUUCCUUUACUCAGCCUUUGCGUCACCAAAGACCUGUGCGGGACUGCAGCAGUAAUCUGCAGCAAGCCGGACUUGAUGGACAGAAACAGUUAGGUAGGACUUCUGGAGCCGGGAGAGGAGACAGUGUUUCACCGGGCAGAGCAGAGGACUCUGCAGGACCGUCGACUGACACAGUAGGGGAGCCUUCUAUUGAUCGACCACAUCACUGUUUAGAGUGUGGAAAGACUUUCCGUCUAAUCUCCAGCUUGAAGAAGCACAUCCGCAUCCACACAGGAGAGAAGCCUUACCCCUGUGGAGUCUGUGGUCGUCGUUUCCGUGAGUCAGGAGCGCUCAAAACCCACUUGCGCAUACACACGGGCGAGAAGCCGUACUCUUGCUCCGAGUGUGGAAACUGCUUCCGCCACUUGGACGGUUUGCGCAAGCACAGGCGCACGCACACCGGAGAGAAACCCUACGUGUGUGCAAUCUGUGGAAAGCGCCUGAGCCGCCUGCAGCACCUCAAACACCACCAGCUCAUCCACACCGGAGAGAGACCGUGCUGCUGCCCCUUCUGCAACCGCAGCUUCAAGGAGCCGGCUGCACUGCGGAAACACAUCCGCACGCACCGCGAGGAAGGUAGCCACAUGGGAUUGGGUGCCAGCGAUGACACCGACCCUGACGCCUUGGACGACAUAAACAAUCUCCACCCCGCCGCUCCAUCCCCUCAGAUGAGGUUUGGGGAGUGGGGAGCUGAGGAGGAUGACAGCUCUGUUGUGGACUGUGUGUAGGGGAGGAUUUUAACUGUUAAGUGUUCUUCCCAUGAUAUAUGGUCUCCGGGUGGAAUAAGCUGUUUGCUUAGUUAGUUAAGAUGACACCUAAGGUCAUCUCUGUUCCAUGCUGUUAAAGUGAAAAUAAGGCUGCUUAUAACCCUGGCCAUUAGACUUGUCAUGUUUGAAACUCUCAGAUGUAAAGAUAACUUUUGAAAUAUCCACUGUACAUUUUUCAACAGUAAGUCUUUUUGUCUGGACAUUCCUCAUGCAGCAGCAGCAGCUCACAGGCAGGGGGGAGCCGGUUUGUCAUCCAUUCGGUCAUUAUUUGAGAAAUACAGGGCAGAGUCGUCUCCCCAAAUUUACAAUAGCAGUGCCUUGAACACUGGGUCGACAGUCAACUGAGUUACUACUACUGCUGCUGUUCAAUAUAGUUCUCAUCUGCAUUUUAGUGUCAUUAUUCUGCUCAUUAGUGUAUUCUAUUUCAUACAUACUGUAACAGGCAGAGACUGAAUUUGCUGUUUUCAUAUUUUGGCUUUUACCAAAAGACUGAAGUGCUGACCCUCAGGGCUGGUUCAUGCUUCAUGUAGGCUUUACCCCAGUACUCAUCCUCAUCUAACGUCUGGUCUUAUUUUUCCCUACUAAAUCUGUUGGGAGGUUCUUAAGCAUUGCCUGUGCAAGUCUCAGAGUGUGCACAAUUUAGUGGUCAUAAGCUGUAAGAAUUGAUCUGUUUGCUUCCUGUCUCCUCGGGCCUGUGUACUGGGAAGCAGGAUUUGUGGUUGCUGAGGCAACUCCAGGGUUGACUUUGUGUUUUAAGUUCUAUGAAGUAUGGUGCACUUCUUACCCGAGGGGUAGAUCAGGAUGGUAACUUAUGUUGAACACCUAACCGGCUCCAGGGCACGUCAUGUUCAGGAUAAGUGAUCAUCCUCUGAAAAAUACAACCACCCGGUGAUCCAUCAAUUCACUUCAUGGUGGAGCUGUGUGAGCUGAUGCAGAGAGGAGUAGGAAGAGAGCAUAAAUGAUGAAAGUUAUUAAUGGUGCUUUUUAAAAUCAUCCUUUAACAGAGACUGAAAGUCUUACAUCAGAGCCUUGAAGUUGUUGCAUUUAUUACAUGUGAAAUUGACUGCUUAUUUCUUUGAAUCAUACCUUUUAUAUUCAUUUUUAUCUCGGUACCACUUCAUGCCUUCAGGGCUGUGGCUAAAAUAAUAUGCCCAAAACACACCACAAGAAAACUUUAGAGCAACAAUGAGGUUUAAGGGAAUAGAGGGGAGUUCUAGUCAGAUGUAAUGUGUGCUGUCAAUUAUCCAAAAGUGUCAGAACCCCCAAAAAUCCCCAAACACAUUUUUUGAAAUUUAAUUUUAACUGCAUUAAUAACCAUUUAAAUCCAGAUUUGGUCCAUUGGUGUUCUUUAAUUCUCACAGAUCAUGGUUCAAUGAGGAUAACUCACUCGUUUUUCAUUAAAAUUAAUGUUAACACUUUUUUAAUUUAAAUUGGAAAGCCCUAAAUAUAAAUACAAUAGUUUUACGUGACAUAGAUUUCUGUUUAUUUUAUUUUACUUUUUUACUUUUUUUUUUUUUAUGAAGUGAUGUUGAUAAAUUAACACGACACCUCUUCUGUAACAUGCUGCCCAGAUAUUUAUCCUCCAUUUAGCUGGUUUGGAAGGCAUAUAUAGCCUAAAACAGGCUUUAAAAAGGGUCAAUUUGACCUGCAACAUAACUUCAAAUUUUCAAAUAUAGUUCGCUCGUUCUAUAGUUUGUACGUAGGAUGACCUCCUGAUGGUUGACCCGCUGAUGUUAACAAUUGGUCAUACAUUGCAGACUCCGCCCCCUUUAAUGUGAACGCUCUCCGACUAACUCUAGGUUUGUAUAUCAUGUUGAUAACCGUUUUCAAGAGACCACUUUGCACAGUCUUCCUCUGUCAGCCAAUCAAUCACUUGAAAACUAAUUUGUCAAAUCAGUUGUGACAAUACUAACGGUAACCAAGAAAAGCACAAAAUACAUUCAGAUAACAGAUGAAAAUCUUAAUGUUAGUUUAGCUUUGCUCUAAUGAAGCAGGCUGUAAUCUUAGAAGCUAACUUGUUACUUUGAGUACAUUAACACAGUAUUCUGUUUAUGUGCGUGUCCAUGAAGCAUGAACCAUCCUUACUCUGCUCUGUCUCAUCUCCUCUUGUCACUCGGCUCAUCUCUCAUCUGUCUCAGUCAAGCUGAAGAGCUUGAAUCAUGAGUGUUGACAUUUGACGGUGUCUGUAUGAACAGUUUAUUGUUACAACUACAAGCAGAUAUUUAAAAAGACAUGAGCACUGUAAGUUAGCAUCAGCAUCGACAGCUUGUUUCAGUCUUCUGUAUCACAUUAUCUUCGCCAUGGACCAUAUCCCAGCAUUCCAUCUUUUCAUUCAGGCUCCCACCGUACAUCAGGAAAGCCUCUCCGUGUAUCCAGACUUGUAUUAUUGUUACCAGCCAAUUACUUGCAGACAGACUUUGGUGCUCGCAUGUGCAUAUCUGAUCCUCUGCUGUAGGCGGUUAAUGCUUGGCUGGCUGUUUCUGUAAAUAAGAAUGUAGUUUAGUUAUUCUAUCUGGACUAAUGAGGGUUAAUGUGUGGACAAGUGCAACAAUGACUUUUUUUUUAGAAACAAAGUAACGUAAUUUGAAAACACCAGUAUGCUAACGUACCAUGUAAAUACAUACUAUCUUACUAAACUUCAUGUUCCUCACGAUGCCCUCAUGUGACUGACUGUUACAUCCAGGUGUUAAUCUUCUCAGCCUUUUCGGGCUCUACUGUUUUUCUCUGCUAACUUAAACCAUGUAUACGACUAUUAUGAUCUUCAUGUAACCAUUCCAUGUACAUUUACAAGUGUAAGCCGAUUAAAGAGGCACUCAAGACUGUAAAUUCAUCUGUUACUGUGACCCCAGAAGUCAAUUUGCCAAGGUAGUCUCUCUCCCAGAUAAUCCUAUUUAUUGUUUUUGUAUUCCACACAGGGAGGCCUCUGCAUGUAGGUUCGGACUGAAACAUCAUUCCCUCAUAAGAAGUCAGCGCUCAAUGUGAAAUACUUUACUUUUUUAUGCUUCUGUGUUCAAAAUAUAUCCUCUCACAUCACAGUCAUCCUGUUACCUACUGUACAUGUUACUAUAUUAAAGGGCCUUGUUUCUA